CUUCUUCUUCUUCCUCCAAAGUCCAAACGCGCGCGCUCCACGGGCUCACUCAGUCCAGCCACCCCACGACCAGCCAUGGAGAGCGAGGCGCCGCACCUGCUGCUGCACGGCGUCAGCCUGGACCUCCGCCUCGACACCACCACGCCGACGCUCCACCACCGCGGCGGAGGACGGCGCCCGGCGUCCCCCAUCGCCGCAGCCGCCGUCGGCGACCGGGAGGCGUUCGCGUGCAACUACUGCCACCGCAAGUUCCUCAGCUCCCAGGCGCUCGGAGGACACCAGAACGCGCACAAGCUCGAGCGCACCCUCGCCAAGCGCAGCCGCGACUUACCCUCCGGCCCCACCGUUCCAGCCGCGCCUUCCUCUACCUCCCCGGCGUGGCCCGCCCACUGGCUUGACGGCGGCGGGGAGCUCUGGGCGUACCCUGCUUCCGGCGCGGUGGAGUCGGCGACGAUGACAGCGCCUGUCCUCGGCAUGGGCAUGGGCAUGGGCUUGGGCUGGGCAGGCGGCGCGACAACGAACGGCGGCGGCAUCUCGAACGGGGAGGCGGUAGUGGCGGAGAUGGACUUGUCGCUCAGGCUCUGAUCGAUCGAGCUUAACUAGCCAGUGCACUCGAGCGGCAAUAUAUGCAUGCAUGCGCCUAGCAUGCUAACUACUAGUACUCAAGUACCACUUGGUGUUUAAGUAAUUGCUCUAGUGCAAUUGAUUCUAAUUCGAUCUAUGUAUAUGGCUCUCUUUGAUAUAUAUAAAUUAAUGGCUAAGCUAGUAUAUAUAUGACUAUGUAUACACUUAAUUGGAUUAUUCAAUGGGCAAAUCAUGUGAACUUGCUAUGCACAUGCCUCUCUUUGUAUACUUUUAUCUGCAUCCAUUGUUGGUCUCAUUUAUAUCAAAUAUAUCUAUGC